AUGCUCCGUUCCAUCGCCUUCCUUACCAUCCUGGCGACGACCCUCGUGUCUGCCCACAUCCAGCUCCAGUACCCACCUCCCAUCAACUCCAAGUUCGACCCGCAGACGGCCGAGGCCAACAUCGACUACUCGAUGACGGCGCCGCUGUUUCCUGACGGGUCCAACUACCCGUGCAAGGGGUACAACACGCCGUCGGCGUACAGCUCGCUCGGCGCGGUCGCGACGCUCAAGGCGGGCUCGUCGUUCGAGGUCGAGUUUGCGGCCGGCGGCGCGACGCACGGCGGCGGGUCGUGCCAGUUCUCGGUCAGCUACGACCAGGGCAAGUCGUUCGCCGUCAUCCACAGCGUCAUCGGCGGGUGCCCGCUCGCGAGCACCUACAGCGUGCCCAUCCCGAGCGGCCUUCCUUCGGCGACCAAGGCGACGUUCGCCUGGACGUGGUUCAACCUCGUCGGCAACCGCGAGGAGUACAUGAACUGCGCCAUCGUCGACAUUCAGGGCUCGUCGACCGCCAAGUCGUUCACGGGACCGGGCCUGUUCCGCGCCAACACGCUCGGCGACACGUGCAUCACGACCGAGGGCAAGACGCCCGUGUUCCCGAACCCGGGCCCGUCGGUCGCCUACGGCGCCGGCAUGUCGAGCUCGUCGCCCGCGACGGUCAUCGACGGCUGCGCGUACGACGAGAACAUGUCGGUCACGGUCGGCCCGUCGGGCUCGUCGUCGUCGUCCGGCGGCGCCGGCUCGGGCUCGAGCUCCUCCUCGCUCGCGACGCCGCCCAAGGCGACGACGUCGUUGCACGCCGCAGUAACCACGAGCAAGGCUGCGGCGACGACGACGACCAAGCUUGCCGCGACCACCUCGCGCGCCCAGACGACGACGGCCGCCGCGCAGCCGACCUUCCCGAGCGCCGCCCCGGUCGGCGCCUUUGGCGUCUCUCGCCUGUCAGCUGCCCGCGCUAGCGCCAGCAGCCGUGCUGCAGCGCUCAGCUCGGCGGCUCCUGCGUCGUCGUCGUCGAGCCGGGCAGCCGCAGCCACCACGACGAGCAAGGUCCCCGCUCCGGCGACGACGACCCGCGCCGCCUCGACCUCGGUCGCCCGCACCACCUCGUCGGCCGCACCUGCCGCCACCACCUCGGCGAGCUCGUCGUCGAGCGGCGGCUACGUCGGUACGUGGCUGUCGUGCACGAGCAAGACGACGUUCUCGUUGUGCUCGAAGCCGACCGGCUGCACGCCGAUGGGCUCGGUCGCCUCGGGCACCGAGUGCGUCCAGGGCGCGAUCGUCAUGGCGUCACGCACUCGCAUGGCGCGGGUCGUCAAGCGUGCUGUCGCCGACAUCGCGCCCGCGCCCGUCGCCGUCGCCGUCGCGCCGCUCGAGCGCCCGAGCGCGCACAUGUCGGCCAAGAGCCGCCUGCGGCGGGCCCCGUCGGCGUCGGCUCCCGCGUCGAGCGUGCACGAGCAGUUUGCGCGUGCGCAGGCGCACGCGCUCAGGUCGUCGAGGAGCAACCGGCACUGAGUGCUCGGCUCGCUCUCGUCGUCGUGACCGACCUGUACCCCUUUCUCCCUCUCGUGCCGUCCCUCCCUCUCUCCUUAACGAGCUUGAUGCCCCACCACUUAGCCGGGUUUGAUACCCCGCUGCAGCCUCCUCGUCUCCCUUUCGUUCUGGUAACGCCCACUCGCAGACCCUCUC